GCUCGAAACCGUCCCUACACAUUUUUGUUGUUGUUAAACGGCAACCGUCAACUGUCACUGUCAGCUGUCUCGCUGUCUCUCCUCACAUUUCUUUUCGUUUUCUACGUUCAAACACUCUUCACAGUUGUGGCCUUGGGUGCACGUGGCGCCACCCGUACUCCGCAACAGCAUUCGCAACGCACAAGGAGUGAACUCUCUCCUCGCAUUCGUCUGUAUUGAUCUCCACACAACUCUUUUUGCCUUUUCUAUUAAUAUUUUUUUUUGGGAAUGCGCCGCUUCUUUGUGUCGUCGGUGUGCGUGUCUGCCCCACUGGCGCGGUGGCUGCACGCGCGUGAUGACGUGCGGAACAUCGCCGUCAUCGCCCACGUCGAUCACGGCAAGACGACGCUCGUGGACAGCAUGCUGAGUCAGUCCGGCACCAUCGUCAACGCUCACAACCGAGUCAUGGACAGCAAGGACCAGGAGAGGGAGCGCGGCAUCACCAUUCUGGCGAAGAACACCGCCAUUCUCCUCGACGACGGCAAGCGGCGCAUCAACAUCGUCGACACACCUGGCCACUUGGACUUCUCAGGUGAGGUGGAGCGCGCGCUGCAGAUGGUAGAGGGCAUCAUUUUGCUGGUGGACGCGAAGGAGGGGGUGCGGCCUGGCACGCGCUACGUGCUGCGCAAGGCGCUCUCCCUCAACCUGCGCCCCAUUGUGUGUCUGAACAAGAUAGAUAAGGACGACCUGAACAUCGACAAGACAGAGCAGGCCGUCGAGGACUUGUUUCUCGAGACGGCCCAUGAUGAUGGCCAGCUGGACAUCAAGUUCCUCUACGGCUCCGGCCGCAGCGGGUACAUGAACAGCGAGCCGAAGAAGGAGGGCACGCUGCAGCCGCUGUUCGACACCAUCUUCGAUCGCGUCCCCGCCCCCGCCACGGAGGACGCAGAGACACUGCAGAUGCUCGUCGCACAGGUCGACGAGAAUGAGAAGAACAACACGAAGCUGGCGAUUGGCCGCAUAUACAACGGCACGGUGCGCGUCGGCGACGUCGUCACGGUCGGACUGGAAGACAAGCGGAUGGAUGCGCUUGUCAAGUCCAUUCAUCUCUACUGCGGUGUACAGAAGAUGCCGGUGCAGUCCGCCAGCUACGGUGACAUCUGCAUCUUGGAGCUGCAGGAGCCGAUUGGGCAGAAGGUGCCGCUGAAGAUUGGCGGCACCAUUGGCAAACAGGGCGACGUGAAGCUGUUCCCCUACAAGAAGCCGGACGCCCCGACCUAUAGUCUCAUCCUUCAGGAGAGCGAGGCGAGUUGGAAAGGCAAAGAGACGAGUGAUCAGCUGGGUACUCUGACGGCCAUCCGCAGGCGGCUGGAGCGGGAGGCGAUGGUGAAUACGGCGCUGCACCUUAGCGGGAUGGACACGAAGCAGGUGACGAUGCAAGGCCGCGGGCCGCUGCACCUCUCCGUGAUUAUUGAGGACAUGCGUCGCGAGGGCUACGAGUUUGAGAUACAGGCGCCGAAGGUGCUGACCCGCGUAGUCAACGGCGAGGAGUGCGAGCCCUUCGAGCGGCUUUCGUUGGAGUUCAAGGAGAACUUGGUGUCCGAGGUCGUCUCCUUCCUCAGUUCCAAGAUGGGCGAAAUUGGCGAGGUUGAGCAGGUCUCGAACGGGCGGGUGAUGAUGGAGUGCGUGAUGCCGGUGCGUCUCAUGUCGAACGUGCCGCUGAAGUUCCACACCUUGACGGGCGGCGACGGCGUUUUGAAUCACCAGUUCGACUCCUAUCGACCGAUGGCGGCUAUGGACACGGAGCGCGACACCGGCGCCCUCAUCUCCGUCGACUCGGGUGAGGUGACGGAUUGGUCCCUCUCCGGCUUUAGCACGCAGGGUCGCUUCUUCGUGCUGCCGGGAGAUCCGGUGUUCUACGGGCAAAUAGUAGGUGAAAACCUGAAAACGCCGCUGCAGAACCUCGGCGUCAACGUGUGCAAGCGCAAUGAGCAGCUGGGCGGAAUGCGAUCGAACGCGAACGACAAGGCGAACAGCAAACGAGGCGCCUCCAAGGCUAUGCGCUACACCUUUGAGGACUGCGUUGCGUGGGUGACUGACGACGAACUGGUGACGGUGACGCCGAAGAGCAUCCGCAUGCGCAAGCCGAACUUCAACGGAAAGACGAGCAUGCGCUCUCUCAAGAAGAAGUAA